CCCCAUUGGUUAUUGAUCCGGGCAUCACCAUUAUGUCGGAACCCAGCGGCCUCGUUCAAGUUCUAAUCCCCGAGGAGGAGAGAACGAGCGAGAGAGGAUGGACCGCGACCCCCUCCUCCGGCAAUCAACCACCGUUGCCGGCGCCGUCGACUAUCGUGGCCUCUCCAUCUCCAGGUCCUCCUCCGGCGGCUGGUCUUCUGCCCUCUUCAUUAUAGGGGUGGAGAUCGCGGAGCGGUUCGCGUUCUACGGCACCUCCUCGAAUCUGAUCACCUACCUCACCGGCUCCCUCGGGGAGUCCACCGCCGCCGCCGCCGCCGCCGUCAACACAUGGUCCGGCGUAGCCUGUAUGCUGCCGCUCCUCGGUGCCUUCAUCGCCGACUCCUAUCUCGGCCGAUUCCGGACCAUCAUCCUCGCAUCCCUCCUCUACAUCCUGGGCUUGGGUAUGCUCACCUUGUCAUCGGUGCUGCCAUCCAUCCAUCCAUCCACAUGUGGUGACACAAUGGAUCCCACAGCCUGCAGACCAUCUCCUGCCCAAGUGGCCUUCUUCUACUUCUCCCUCUAUCUCAUUGCAUUUGCCCAGGGAGGCCACAAGCCUUGUGUUCAAGCCUUUGGUGCUGAUCAGUUCGACCAAAAUGACCCUAAGGAAUCCAUGGACAAGAGCUCCUUCUUCAACUGGUGGUUCUUCGGGAUGUGUGGUGGCAUUGUACUUACAACGGUGACCCUAAGCUAUAUCCAAGAUAACAUUAGUUGGGGCCCUGGAUUUGGAAUUCCAUGCAUUGCAAUGCUGUUUGCUCUUGUUGUUUUCUUGCUUGGGACCAAGACUUACCGCUUCUAUAUCCUGGAGGAUGAGAGUCCAUUUGUUCGAAUAGGCAAAACACUUGUGUCAUUGGUAAGACGUAAGCGGGCAAGUUUUCCCAUUGGAUCUCAACAAACAGGAGAAACACCACAGUACAAGCCAUCUGGGGGUCCAACUUGUUCAUCAUCAAGCAAGGAAAUUGAUAGUGUAGACAAUGUGGAUCAUGUACAUGAAGCAAAGGGGAUACUUGGAUUGUCUCCCAUAUGGGCAAGCUGCUUGAUAUAUGCUGUUGCUUCUGCCCAGUCUUCAACCUUCUUUACGAAGCAAGGAAGCACCUUGGAUAGAAGGAUAGGUUCAAACCUUGAAGUCCCGCCUGCAGCACUACAAAGCUUCAUCGGUGUCUCCAUUGUAGCUUUCAUUCCCAUCUACGAUCGUAUCCUUGUGCCCGUUGUCAGAAAAUUCUCCAAAAAGCCUGCAGGCCUCACCAUGCUUCAGAGGAUUGGCACUGGUAUGGUCAUUUCUUUGAUUUCUAUGGUUAUAGCAGCUCUAGUGGAGCUGAAGAGACUUGAGACUGCCAGAGAAUUCGGCCUGGUCGAUCAACCCGCAGCAACCAUUCCCAUGAGCUUGUGGUGGUUGAUUCCCCAAUAUGCCCUCUAUGGGAUUGCAGAUGUUUUCACGGUGGUUGGCUUGCAAGAGUUCUUCUAUGAUCAGAUCUCUGAUGCAUUGAGAAGUCUCGGACUUGCUCUCUACUUGAGCAUCCUCGGCAUUGGGAGCUUCAUCAGUAGCUUUCUUGUAUCUGUGAUUGACAAAGCAACCGCAGAGAGUGGCGAGAGUUGGUUUUCCUUCAACUUUCUCACUUGCCUUUGUGCUGCAUCAUUGAGUGUGCCUACAAUUGUGUUAUACCGCUCCUCGGCUGACAAUGGUAAUUAUCCAGAUGAUAUGGAGGAGAUAGAGCACCUUAUGGGAAUGUUAUUUAAUUGGGGUUAUACUGCUUCUCGGCUGACAAUGCUUGACGCUAGAGAAAGGGGCCCCGAACCGAUAAGAGGAGGAGUAACAGAUAACAACCAUGGCACCGCAAAGAGCAUCUACACGGAGGUCCGGAACCAUCGCCACUUCCCAACCAGUGGAAAAUGGCACCAUCCCAUAGAACCCAAUGCAGCUGUCGUUGGAAGUUCAACCAUCACCUCCCUCGCAGGCGGCGGCAGUCGCUGCGAAACAAUUCCAACUACUGUUCCAACAGGUCCAAACUCUGACUACCACUGUUCAGGUGAUGCAGUAGUUACAUACCGCUCCCCCAAUAGUGGCAUCGGUCAUAGCGCUCGCACCCAUACCACCUCUGACUGGUGUGAUACCGGUGGCAAACCCACCUUCGGUAGUUCCUCCCUAGCAACCUGCAAUGGCACCACAAGCUUGACCUCCGCUCCCACAUCAGAGCCCUGA